GAUAAGCUGCGAGGUGAGGGGGCGGAGCAAGAGAAGCAAGAAGGAAGGAAGGAAGAAGGAAGGAGAGGGAGCUGGGCAAGAAAGCCAUUUGGUCAAGGAGCGAGCAAAGGACUCAACAAGAAGAGAGGCAAGGACAAAGUCACUAUGGCUUCAGUGUCCACUCAUGGGAGCCAAGAAAAAGGUCCCCACUUGCCACCACUGAGCAAGCAAAGCCUGUUGUUUUGUCCAAAAUCAAAACUGCACAUCCACAGAGGAGAGAUUGCCAAGAUUAUUCGAGAAUGUCAAGAAGAAAGUUUCUGGAAGAGAGCUCUGCCUUUCUCUCUUGUAAGCAUGCUUGUCACCCAGGGACUAGUCCACCAAGGUUAUUUAGCAGCUAAUCCAAGACUUGGAUCAUUGCCUAAAGUUGCACUUGCUGGCAUCUUGGGAUUUGGCCUUGGAAAGGCCUCAUACAUAGGAGUAUGCCAGAGUAAAUUCCAUUCCUUUGAAGAUCAGCUGCGUGGGGCUGGUUUUGGUCCAGAGCAUAACAGGCAUUGCCUGCUUACCUGUGAGGAAUGCAAAAUAAGGCAUGGAUUAAGUGAAAAGGGAGGUUCACAGCCUUCGGCUUCCUAAACUAUCUAUGGCUUUUGAGUUUUCUAAACCUCUGAAUUUAUACACAUUUAAAAAUUUAAAGAGUACUUUAAAAUAAUAUACUUCUAGUGGAAUAGAAACCUUGUGAUUCUCUUACUCUUUUGAAAUGCUUUCUGUGGAAGGCUCUCAACUGAAUUGAGCAUGACAUAUUUUUCUGCUAAGAACAUGUUGGGAGCCCUCACAUACCAGACAAACAUACAAUAACAGCAGCAGUGAAAUUACACUCUGCCUGGCUUACAGCUAAAUAAAGGAAUUGAGAGUCUUCUCUGAUUAGCCGCCAUUGCUUCUUUCACUCUGCUUUUAUUCAAUGUUUUAAGUUCUCUAGUAGAGGAUAGGAUUGAAUGAGGAGUAAGUUGGAGAGUCAUGACCCAAAGAAAAUUCACGUAUAUGGAGAUAGAAGUACAGAAUGAGAAAGAUUGUGUCUUUUGGGGGGUGGGGUCGGGGACGGGUAUAACCAGGGAUGAAAUUCAGGGGCACUCGACCACUGAGCCACUCCCCAGCCCUAUUUGGUAUUUUAUUUAGAGACAGGGUCCCACUGAGUUGCUUAGUGCCUCGCUUUUGCUGAGGCUGGCUUUGAACUCAUGAUCCUCCUGCUUCAGCCUCCUGAGCCGCUGGGAGUACAGGUGUGCGCCACCACACCUGGCUAGACUGUCUUUUAUAAGCACUAGAAGUACUUCCCAAUGCCAGGAGCAGUAGCAAACGCCUGCCUGUAAUACCAGUGGCUCGGGAGACUGAGGCAGGAGGGAUUGCAAGUUCAAAACCAGCCUCAUCAACUCAGUGAGACCCUAUCUCUAAAUAAAAUACAAAAAAGUGCUGGGGAUAUAGCUCAGUGGUUAAGUGCCCCUGAGUUCAAUCCCUGGUACAAAAAAAAAAAAAGUGCUUCCCAAGACAUAGAGCCAAGAUUUCAUUCAAAAGGGUCACAAUAUGAAUCAACUGUGAUGGAAGUAACUGGUGGCUCAUCAGUGCCAUAGGGUUUUAAAAACACCUAUCAUCUUUAGGUUAUCUGCUUUGCUAAUGGGUACUCAUUUGUGAUCACUCAUUAACAGGGUUCUUUUAUGGACUACUAGUGGCCUGAAAGAAUAAGCUCAUCUUCCCGAACCAUUCUCCUUCUCUCAAGCAGCUUGUUCAUAGGGAGAAAAACUGGAGGGAUUAACUCAUAGAAUGAUGAACUCUUUGAAUUAAAGGGAGUUCAGAGUCAAUGUAACUCCAAGAGUUGGAUUUCUAUUCUCCAACCAGGUUUGUUGCAUUAAAAAAAAAAAAAAAAAAUAGGUCAUGUUGGCUAAGUCCCAUACAAAAAUUUCUCCUGGAUCUUU